AUGCAAAAGAGGGUUGGAUCAAUUUUAAUCUUUAUUUUUAUUCAAAUUGGAUUUCAAUUAAGUUUAGAUACAAUUUUAUUUCCAACACUUUUGAAUAAUAUUUUAUUCAAUAAAUCAUUUCCCUUGAAUUAUGAUGGAAGAAAUAAUGAGAUUGUUCUUAUUAAAUGUCCAUCAGAAAAAUUUAAAUAUGCAAAUAUAGAAAAUUUAUUUAUACCAUCAAUUAUGCCGUCAAAUGUUAUUAAAAUAACAGCUAAUAAAUUAGAAAAAGUUGUAUGGUAUGGUGUUUUUCAUAAUAAUAAAUCUGAAUUAUACUCAAUAAUUAAUUGUGGUAUCAUAAAAAUUAAUUAUUUACAUUUAAAUAUAACUACUAAUUGGUUGGUAAAAAUAAAUUGGGAUAUUAGUAAUAACAAGACUACAAGUGUAAUCCCAUUUGACACAACAACUCUUCCUACUAAUGCAUGUAAUACCACUAUCAACAAAACAAUUAUUUAUAAAACAUAUAAUGGAAUUUUAAAAGAUAAACCUUAUAAUAUAUCAGAAUCAUAUAAAAAUCAAUUAGUAUAUGUUUUUAUUUUAAAUGAUAAUAACACAAUAGAUGAAAUUUUGUUCCCAUGUCAAAUUUAUAAACCAGUUUAUUACAAGCCAAAUAUUACCUUAAUUGGUAUUAUUCCUUCAAAAGUUGUCAAUAAUAUUUUUAUUGUAACAAAAGAAUAUGAGAAUAAGGCAUAUUUUCCAAUUCUUACAUCAACUUCCGAAAAGCCAUACUUUUAUAUUAAUGAAAAAAUAAAUGUUUCAGAGGUAGAAUAUACAAUGAAUGAUGAUUAUAAAGAGAAUUCAAAUAAGAUAGUUAAUGAUACUAUUAAUUUACAUGGAUACGGUAUUUUUAAAUUUACAUAUUAUUGUGAUGAUUGUAUCAAUAAAAAUGAUACUGUUACUAUAAAAAAAAUUUUUUUUGGACCAAAUAAAGAUAAUAUAAUUCUUAAAAAUGAAAGUAUAGUGGUAAAUAAGGAUAAAAAUUUAAAAUUUCAAGCUAAUUGUGGAAUUAAUACUUAUACAUUUGCAUAUCUUGAAAAAGUGUCUUUUAAUUCAAAAACAAUAUAUAUGAAAAAUAUUUCACAAUAUCUUACAUUAAAUGAUAAUGAAUUUUUAUUGGACUCAUCAAAAAUAUAUUUAAAUAUUAGUUAUCCUAAUGGAAUUUUUAAAUGUCACUACAAAACUCCAACUUAUACCAUACUAGAAAUUGAUGAAUUUCUAUUAAAAUCUGAUAUUAUACCAAAAAAAAAUUUUACAAUUGAAGUCAAUAAAACACAGGAAAUAAAUGUAAAUAAACCAAGUAAAAAUAAAACAAAAAUUUUAAAAUUAAACUUAAAAAAACAGAAAUUUAAAACAAUUCCUUUUUUUCCAGAUUUACUAAUUGUUAUUCUAAUAUUUACAAUAUUAUUUAUUGGAAUAUAUACAUAUAACAAAAAAACUCUUAUUUUUCAAUUUUUUUAUAAUAUUAAAAUGAAAAGAAAACAUCCAAAUAUACAUAUAUGGUGGAAUAGAUACAAAACUUUUUCUAUAUAUGAUUCUGAAGAUUAUAUUUCAGAGGAAGAAUAUUUAAAUUAUGAGUAUCAAAAUUUUGAAAAAAUUAAAUUUAAUAUUGGUGGGGAGACUGUUCAACGGCCAUUUCCAAUAAAGUUACCAUUAAAAGGAACAAAUUUUAAAAAUAAAUUACUUAAAAAUUUGAUGGCAAAAAAGGUAACAGAGAAGUCAUUUGAUAGGGAAUAUAUUGUUUCAUAUUAUCCAUUCAAUGAAAAAUAUAAUGAAUUUUGGAAUAUGUUAUAUGAUGAAAAUAUUAAUGUUAUUAUUUCAGUUACAUAUAAUAAUAAAAAAACAGGUAAAAGAAAUGUUAUACCAUAUUGGUUAUCUAAAAAAAAUAUUUAUGGAAAUUUAAAAGUUGAAAGAUUUAAUAAAAAAGAAAUAAUUUCACAAAAAAUUGAUUUACUUCAAUUUAAUAUUACUAAGUUAAAUGAAAUUACAAAAACUUUAACAAUUAUAGAUAUUUUUAAUUGGGAGGAGUAUUCUAUAUUAAAAUGUGAUAUUGAUAUUUAUGAAAUAUAUAAUGAAGUUAUCCAAAUUGAUGAUACAUCUAAAAUACUUUUACAUUCACAAUUAGCACCAUAUACAACAAUUGUAGAACCACAAUUAAUUAUAAAUGAUAUAAUAAAAUCAUAUAAUAUUGGUUAUAUAGAUAUAAUAUCAUUUAAUAGUAUAACAAAUUCCCUAACAAAAUAUUUUUUUAAUAAAAAUAUUUUAAAUGAUAAUGAUGGUUAUACAAUAUAUAAAAAAAAUUAUGAACAAUAUAUUGAAAAUAUAAAAUUAAAAGAAACAUCUAUGAAUGCUUCACUUAGACCAUUUCUUAAUUUUACUAAUUAUUUAAAUCUUGGAAAAAUGAAUUAUAUAUUAAGGCAAUUAGAAAAUAUAUGUAACUAUGAUAUAAAUACUCUUAAAAAAGUAUGUAGCCGUUUUUAUGAAAUUCAAAAUAAUUUACAAUUAAGUUUAAAAAUUAAUUAUAAAAAUAUACCAUGUUUAGAUGGUAAUUGUAUAAAUUUUAACUCAAAUUAUUUUGUACAUGGAAAUAUUUUAGAGUAUUGUACAAAAAAUUUAAAAAAAAGGAAAAUUAUUAUGUGUCAGAUACCAAAUAAAGAAACAAAAUUAGAUAUGAUUAAUAUGAUUAUUAAUUAUAAAGUUUCAACAAUAGUAAUGCUUGUUAAUAAUGAAGAAAUAAUUUUAAAUAAUUUAGUUAAUUAUUUACCAAAUAAUAUAAAUACUGUUUAUUUUUAUGGUAUUUAUAGAAUUCAAAAAUUAAAUGAUAGUAAAGAGAGUACUUCUGAAAUUUCUAUAUCUACUUACUCAAUUCAGGGAAAUGAUGAAAAAAGUCAUAUAAUAACUUAUAUUCAGUUAAAAUGUUGGAGUAAUAAUGAAGUUAUAAAAAAUCAUAAUAUUAUAUUAAAAUUGUAUAAUAUAAUUUUAAGAAAUAUAAAUGAAAAUCCUGUAAUAUUUCAAUGUUGUGGAGGAAUUGGUAAAAGUGGAACAUUAGCAUUAAUAUUUUAUAUAAUAGAUAAUUUAAAUCAAUUCAAUUCAUUUGAUCCAUUAUUUUAUCUUAAUAUCAUACGACAAAUAAGAUAUUUAUCUAUUCCAGGAAUAGAUCAAUUUAUGCUUGUUCUAAGUGUUGUAUAUGAAAAUUUUAAAAAUGAUAUUAAAAAAUAUAAUCCUGAACUUUAUGAUAAAUUUUUUAAAAUUCGUGAUAUUAUUUUAAAUAAUGGUUUACAGUAUUUAUAA